GAGAGCAUGAAACCAAUCCGAAAAUAUGUGGAUGCGUGCAACCCCCUGCUACCUGGAUAUACAGGCUACAUCCCUCAAAGGUGCGAUAGAGUUGGCACUAGUUAUGGAAAUGAUUCAUUUGUGUGUAUGACCUCCAUGUACAAUGCUGUCCAAAGAAACAACGACAAGAAGGAUGAGCUAAGAUACAUAGCAGCCACUACACCCCGACUUCCACCUAUCUGCUGCAAUGAAGAUGUUUUACAAGCCCUUUAUGAGUAUAAUUAUAAACACCAUCCUUAUAUGCUAGGGACUGAGGAAACUAAGAGAAGCUUGCUAGAGCCACCAAUUCCAGGCUGGACUGGGUUUGUGCCUAGAGCGAAGGUCACUGAUCUUGGAGAUGGUGUCCGCUACCAUGAAAUGGCCAAGAAUUGCUAUCAGGAUUUUAAGAACAUAAUAGAUCAAGUCACGUGUGAUCCUUCUAGUAAAAUAAACAAAGGCGAGAAGCCCAACGUUGAAGUUAGCCACAUUCCAAAGGUGUACCACAGAUCCUACAGGCCUGAAGGGAUGAUACCAAAAUACACUGGUCACGUUCCACAUCAACAUCUUAUUGUUGGAAAAACCUAUGGAAACUUGUGCCGAAGCUGCUCUGCGUGCAGUCACAAGGAGGCGUGCUAUGGCACAUAUCUCACUAAGAAACAUCGUGCCGAAUGGAAGCACCAGAAGAACAGGGAAUGUGACGUGAAGAGCUGA